AUGGGAAAUGUAGUCUUGAGGGUGUUUCACCGCCAUUGCACCUUGGGCACGGGACUCACGCUGCUUUCUGCGCAUGUGCCCCCGGUAGCUCCGCCUCCUCAGUGGGCUUCUCGGCCCCGAGCGUUGGCUGCUCGUCCUUUUCGGGGUGUGCUCGGCAAGAAGGGGCGCGCACUUGGGGUGAGAGCCCUGGGAGCAGUCCGGAGGGGGUGUGCAUGUGUUCGGCGGAAAUGUCUUGUGCGUUUGCCCAGCGUGCUCUUGACUGAGCCGCACGGGGCCCUGGAGGGCGGAAGGCCCUUGGAGAAGGACGCCUCCCAUCUCCGGGCAUCCCAGGCCCGAGCGGGUGCGGGCUGUCGUGUGCGGGGCCUGGAGCUCGGCCCGAGCACGCUUGCCAUGCCGAUGACUGACGUGCCCGAACGCCCGGGCGCUGGGUCUGAGGUGAGGCCUCCCACCGCUCUGGAGCUGGGAAGACUCCGAUCAGUUCCCGCCAGGUCACCCCGGAGCCGAGGCCCGAGUUCUCAAGGUCACCCGAGUGUGCGGGGACCACUCACCUCCAGCUGCUGUUUUGAAACGUCGAUGUCGUCACCUGUGCAGCACACUGCCACGGGUGAGGUUACUACUUCCCGAGCCGAGCCCUCUCAGUUCUGCACUCUCCAAGAGCCUCAGAAAAUGAACACAUCUCAGGCUGGCUUGUGCUCCAACACUUUGAGGUACAUUUCCACUUCUGGAACUGUGUUGUCACAGGCAUCAGUGCCCUUCAUGGAUGUGUGUGUGGACCUCACCGAGGAGGAGUGGCGGCAGUGCCUAGGCCCUGCGCACAGGACCCUGUACAGAGACGUGAUGUUGGAGAUCUACAGCCAUCUCGUGUCUGUGGGUGAGCACACCAUCUUCUGUGACAAAAUGUAUGCAGUGGAUUACUAUCAUAAUUAA